UCCGUGCGCAUCACGUUUUGCUGGUGGCGAAUGUCAUGAGACUCGAUUGAUGGUGGGGCUGACCGACGUUUGAGGCCGGCUGUUUUUCGUCUUCUCGACUCCAUAUACCUUUUGUUUUGUGGAAUAUAUAAGUUCUGCGAGAAUCUAGUAAAACAGCAUGGGCUUGCUAGCGAAAACUCAGUACACUGUUUACAGCAUAACCAGCUUCGUGAUCCUUUGCGUUGCUCUAUACUACAUUCUCUCGGGAAAAGGGUCGAGGCUAGACUUCGGAUGGCUCUUGGAAGGAAUAUCGCCGUACAUGUGGUGCUGCCUUGGGAUUGGUCUAUCCAUAUCACUAUCAGUUGUUGGCGCAGCAAGUGGCAUCUUCACAACAGGUGUGAGCAUCGUGGGUGGGGGUGUGAAGGCCCCACGCAUUCGCACCAAGAACUUGGUCUCCAUCAUCUUCUGUGAGGCAGUGGCCAUCUAUGGCAUCAUCAUGGCCAUUGUUCUUCAAGGCCAAAUCAACAGAUUCAAUGACGACACUCUCGACUACAAACAGAAGGCGCUCAACUACAUGUCUGGCUACAUAAUGUUUGGAGCAGGCCUUGUUGUUGGCCUGAGCAAUCUCUUCUGCGGGAUGUCUGUGGGCGUGGUGGGCUCGGGCGCCGCACUGGCUGAUGCAGCAAACCCGGCACUCUUUGUCAAGCUGCUUAUUGUGGAGAUCUUUGCCAGCGCCAUUGGCUUGUUCGGCCUUAUUGUGGCUGUCAUCAUGUCUGCCAAAAUCAGCAUGGGCGACUCUAUCAAGGCCUAGUGUGGCACAUCUUCAGUACAUUCCACCCCAAAGCUCGUCUUUAUCCACCACUCUCCAGUGUGCUGCGAACCCAGCUGCAUCAUUGUGAACUUCUCGCAGCGUAGUCCGUCGCAUCGGAUGCUCGUCAAGAGAUGAAACUGCCAGGAUUGUGUACUUGUUUCACCAGAGUGUGGAUGUUCUCAUUUAACCAAGUCACUACUGUUAUUUGUCUUGUGCAGUACAGUCUGCACAGUUUCCAACAUUGCCACAAAAAUGACCCUAUUGCAACGUCUCUCUGUUAAGUCUAUAGCAGUAUCCAUUGCCCCUGUCGGGUGCCGUAAAGCAACACAUUAAGCAGCCUUAUCGUAAUGGGCAAUUUCCUGUGCAUUCUAGUCUUAUUGCCUUUAGCGCCCAUCUCAGUAGGCAGUGUGGACCCUCGUGUUUUUCUUU